GCGCCUCAAGCAGCUCAACAAGGGGAAGAUGCCGGCAGCCCAAGGUCCCUCCGGACACAGCAGCCCCCUCUUAGCGUCGUUGCCUAUCCCCGGCCGUCCCCUUCAUCCCCCCUUGGACAUCAAGCACUUUCUGACCUUCAGGCUCAACGGGACGUCACCACUCAACCUCUUCCCCAACUUCAACACGUCCGUCUGUCUGUCUGGCCACAGCACCGACGCGGCCGUCCCCAUCUCUCCUCCCCAGAACCAGGCAGAAGCCCACUAUAAGGGCCACAAGCACGCGCGGAGGCUGAAAGCCAUCGAGGCCACGAAGAACAAGCAGAAGACGGCAGGGGCUGCGGCGAGAACUUUCCCUUUCUGCCCAUUUCUUUCUUUUUUUCCCUCUUUCCUUUCCCUCCUGCCAGCUCCAGACAACGGCCUGCAGGAGCCAGAGGGCGAGUGCAGCAGCCUGGGGCUGACGCCCAGCGCCGAGGAGUCGCCUGCGGAGCUGUCGGGCAGCGUCGCUCCGCUGGGCUCCCCGCCGGCCUCAGAGCUGUCGGAGGGCACCUCGGACGCCACCAGCAUGGCCUCCUCGGCUACGCAGGCAGCGGAGGUGCAGGCAGCUGAGUCGGGCAGCAGCGUCAGCUCAGCCCCCGAGAGCGAGAAGGAGGGGAAGAAGAGCAAACAGCACCUGUACUGUCCCACCUGCAAAGUGACCGUCAACUCCCUGUCCCAGCUGGAGGCUCACAACACCGGUGCCAAGCACAAGUCGAUGCUGGAAGGUCACAGCACCCAGAUGCGGCGAGGCCGAGGCAAGCUCCUCUCCCGGGCAGGGCACAAGUCCAAGCGGAUUGGCAACAAGGGCAGCAUCAACAUCCAGAACAAGGCGUUUCACUGCCAAGUGUGCGAGAUCUACGUGAACUCGGAGACCCAGCUCAAACAGCACAUGAGCAGCCGGAGGCACAAAGACAGGCUGGCGGGGAAGCCGCCCAAGCCCAAGUACAGCCCCUAUAACAAGCUGCAGAAGAACGCUGCCCUCGCAGUGAGUAUUCUCAAGUCCAAGCUGGCUUUGCAGAAGCAUCUCACCAAAACCCUGGCAACCCGCUUCCUGCCGAGCCCGCUCACCGCAGCCGCCGUCUGCGCCAUGCCUGGCCCCCUCGCCCUGAGACCAGCCGCUGCCACCACCCUCUUCCAAGCCCCGAUCCUCGGACCAGCCCUUUUCCGAACGCCACCAGCCCACGUCCGCACCACGCCGGGCCCCAUCGUCUUUGCGCCCUACUAG